AUGAGCGACACAGCACCUGACCCACCCCCACCAGAGCAAGCAGAGCAAGGCUCACCACGUGGCACCAUGGAUCCUCCAGCGACACCAGGUCCAGAUCCGGGCCUUCACGCUAAGGUUCCAACUGCAACAACACCCGCACCGGCGCCUUCACCCGCACCGUCCACACCAGGCCGACGCAACCGGCCGCUCCUCCCCAACACCCCACGUUCAUCCAGCAGCCCGUUUCCCACACGCGCGCCCCGCACGCCAGGAGCAUCAUCGGCAAUCCAGCCCUGCACUGUCGACGAGACGCUGUUUAGUAGGGUGACUGUCCACACGGCCAAGUGCACAGAGUGCGAUCAGCGUAACAUGGAUACUAUGCGCCGCUGCCCUGGCUGUACGUUCCAGGUCUGUCAGCCGUGCUACGAGAAGCGGGUUAAGAAUAACAAAGGCCUUCUUCAUGGUAAUAUGGCGACGCCGGGUGCGGCUGGGGUUGGCGCCGGUACUACUCCUGCGGGUAGGACGGUGAGGCGUAGGCCGGUGGCGAGCAGCACGCCCGUUCGUGAGAGCGAAGAGAAGAAGGAGGAUGAAGUCAAAGAAGAGGAGGCAGAGGUUGAGUCCGCGCGGAAGGAGACUACUGCGUCUGCACAGAAGUCGUCCGCGAAGAAGCGCUCGAUCAGGAAGAAACCAGUUGUUCUCGACAGUGAGGUCGACGAGUUAUCUUCCGAAGACGACUUCGAGCCAGACGAUCACUCACCUACACCGAGCAAGAAGCGCAAAACUGAACUCACCUUCGCCGAGAGCGCCCUUGCUACCGCUACCCGGACACCGCCUGCCACACGCGCGACUCGACGAUCAACCACCGCUCCAACCUAUCAAGAUCCGCCAUCCCCGCACUCGGACCCGGUCGACGGCAGUGUGCGCAGCGGCGGUAGGUCAAACGGCUACCUAGGCGGCGACUACAAAGGCGAUCCAGACCUCUAUGAUGCUGCCAUCGGAUCCUACGACGAGCCGCUGUUGAGUCGUCAAAACCCUGUCCUGUCGAACCCUGCGUCGAGGAUCCCCGAAAUCAUCAAGCGAGGUGGUCUACCGAGGCCACAGGGUGAGACGUACAAGUACAUCCAAAAGCAUCUCCGCGAGAAGAUGGGAUUAGAGCAGACAGGCGAGACGACAGGAGAAGAGACCGUGGCCUCCUUGGCUGAGCAGAGCGUAAGUAACGAAUAUAGAGCUGUGAUCGACGACGAUAAAGCUGACACGACGAAGAACGAGGCUGACCAGGCUGCUAACGAAUGCACCGUUGGCGCUUUCGUAGAGCAGAUGGCAACUAAGUACCUGAACGCCGAGACCAUGGACGGAGACGACAACAAGGCCCUCUUCAACGCCAUGGAGAGCGCCGCUUUGGUCUGGGGCAAGAAGACGUUCAAGAAGCUGGACCCGGAGAAGCAGCGCAUGGUCCAGCCGGGCUUGAAGUUGCGUCUUGACUUCAUCGACGAGAAGUUCCGGGAGGAGUUGGCCAAGUUGAUGGAUGAGCGCGCUGGUAGUAUGCUUGCGGAGUUGGGUGUGAGUGACGAGAAGCCUGCGACUGGUCCUGGCUGUCUAGGGUAG